UUCUAGGAAAAACCGGACCUUCUGGCGUGAUGUAAUCAGGGCUCAAAGGGACCAAUGAAAAUUCAAACGAUGCGACAAAGACCCAAGACCAAAUCAAUCAAGUAACACUCAAACGUGUGAACAUUGAUUUUGAGUCUUUCUCGUAAACAACAGGAAAGCCCAAGGGCAAUCUCGGUGAUUGAGAGUCUCUCUAUAUAUACACUAAGCAGCCCAAUCCCUCGUUAAAUCUCCAUAAUCACGCAAUUUCCUCUAGCUGCCAUUGAUGGAAGAAGCCGAAUCAGUCAUGAAGAUCUUCGAUAGAUGCUGGUUGGAGCUCGAGAUCUUCAAGAAACGACCAGACACUUCGCCUUCUUCAACCUCCGGAUCCGAUCCAGGUCAACAAAGCAUAGGAGGAAUACCCGAAGACGAAAUCCCGUGUAUUCAUCUUUCCCGGGCUCCGUCCAUUCUUGUGAGGUCCAUGAGCGAUCAAACGAGCAUCAUCCCAACAAGCUUCCCAUCGAGCUCUCUCUCUCCAGACUCAGUCCUUUGCACGACGCCUAUGCACAGCAUGAUCUAUGAGGAAGAAGAAGGUUUCAACUGGAACAACCCGAGAAGCUCGGAGUUCUCGCAGGGAAAGAAGGGCCGUGCGGGAGGCAGAGCGAAGAGGAGGUCCCUGAGCAAGAGCUUGUCGCAGCUCGAGUUCGAGGAGCUAAAAGGUUUCAUGGAUCUCGGGUUCGUCUUCUCGGAGGAAGACAUAGAUGACUCGAGCUUGGUCUCCAUCAUUCCUGGGCUACAGAGACUGGGCAAGAGAAUUAAAGAUGCCAAUCAUCGUCAGGAAGAUGGUGAUGAGAAAGAGCGUGUUGGCGAGUCUGCAGGUAUCGCUAGGCCUUAUCUCUCGGAGGCGUGGGAAUGGUGGGAGGAGGAGGAUCCAUUGAUGAACUGGAAGGUUCCUGCUCUUGCAAACGACACGGACAUGAGAGAGAGUCUCAAAUGGUGGGCUCACACCGUUGCUUCAACUGUUACAUGACGGUUGUUUUCUGUCGUUGCUAUUGGUUCAAUUUGGAAGUUUUGAUAAUUCUUCUUUCUUCCCUGUUUUCGUCGUGUAAAAAGAUCUCUCGACUUUGUUCAUGUACAUAUGAUUACACAUGAAUUACUUGUCAAUGACAUUGGAAAUUCUCAUCUUGGG